AUGGUUCUCCAAAAAUGGCGCAACCGAAGACAGACUGUCAAGGAGUUGAGAUCUCAGGACAUGGAAUUGAGAGAGCAAUAUCUUCAGAUGCGUGCGGCGGAACAGAAGGGAUUGCCAACCUACGAUUCAUUACCACAAUCAAACGCGAUGUUGGAGAAGAUGUCAGACCGUCAGCCGGCAACACAGCAUGCUGAAGUUCGCUUAAGUCACACGAGCUCGAGUCGGUGA